CAUCUGAACGCACCCAAUUAGUGUUUACAUUUUAAAUCAUAACCUCAAAUUGUCACGGGGAGAUCCACAGAUAUGAAUAUAAAAACAUUUAUUGUGCCCGAAAUUGUAGCAUAUUUGAAAAAUGUUGCAACGUUAACGGAGAAAGUUGUUGUUGUUUCCAUUAUCGGAAAAAGCGCAUAUAACGCAAAUUUGAAAGUGAAAUCCUUGUGUCGUAUGUUUUCCGAAGACAACAUCAGCUCAAGAGACCACACAAUUGAAGGGUAUUACGAUCCAGUAGACCACAUAAUUUACCUCCACGUUCACAGUUUACUGGAUACAGAUGCGCUAAUUAAGCAUUACGAUGAUAUAGUCAAGCGGUGUCAAGAAGAAGGCAAAAAUGAUGAUUUUUUGACAGUCUACAACGAAAUAAAGAGUACUUUUGCCCAGAUGUUACUAGUGCUCUUCUAUGUAAGCCACAUAGUUGUUCUCUCACAUCCGUCAUCGUCCUUUGAUGUGAACUACAUUCAAUAUUUUAAAGCAAUCGAUCAGCUUAGGCAAAAACUAAGUGGUCAGAUAUCGGAUUGUCUUCGCGAGAUCGACGGGAUUAGUUUAGACUGGAUAAAUAAUUGUCGUCCGUGUACGCCCCGGCUUCUGUUUUACUUCGAGAGGUGUCCCAAAGGUGUAACAAAUAUUAAAAAGUUAGAGCACGACAUUGAAGAUCGCAUUUAUCAUAUUUUGAGAAAAAUUCGUAUUAUUAGCAGUACAAAUACUUCCUCUUUGUUUGCCAUUCCCCCAAAUGAGGAAUUUGUGUAUAUGUCCGAAGAGGAGCAGGUCGAUCGGUUGGGUCAUGCCGUUAGAAGCUUAAUUCUGGGCUGUCAACCGGGGGCCAUGCUGCAAGUGGAAGUUCCUUAUUGCAGUCAGCCGGAUAUUGGGCGCAGUUUUAAGAGCUUCUUGCAGGUGCACAUACAGCACGCACGUAGUAAGGGAUUUGAUGAUAAUGUUACAUCCAGUCGCCAUUCUCAGCAAUUGCCAGCUUACUUUGAGCUUCCUUCGUUACAACAUUGGGCCGAGGCAUGCGAAGAAGUAUAUAAGGUUGUCAUGAAGCAAGAAACGAUGGCGUCCUUAAGCACAGACACAAGAUUUUCCGAGCAGCGUUGCUUGAAGGUAUUGCCACUAGCUUUGGCGCGAUAUCAGGAAAGUGUAGCAAUCCACUAUACACGUGCUGCACACGAAGCGCGAUUGGCCUUAGCAUUAGCGUUUUUCGCCGCUCAAGCUAGGGGGCCUCUGUUCCAUCAGUACAGUGCACAACUGGUAGCUGAUUGCACAGCCUAUUGGGAAACUGGCCGGCAGUCAUGUGAAGUUGCAUCACUAACAGGGAACCCUUGUACUUUACCCAAACAUAGUUCUGAUCAGGAACAUUGUAAUACAGUCCGUUACAUCGCGGUCUGUGAUUGUGGACGUAAACAAGGCACGAGAGAUGACCCGUACACCCCCAAACAAGCGAACUUUACAUUCUACAAUCAAUUAGGAAAGGAGUGUACCUGCCACGCGGCGCAACGUCACUUCUUCCCAGUCUUCCAACCAUCCAUUAAAGAAUACACAGCAGCCACGUUAACAGAAAACGACGAUACGGUUCUGUCAGACGAGCGCGGCGAUUUGACUCCCGAUUUAGACAGGAGUCUCGUAAGACAAGCGAGUACAACAGAGUAUCUGCCAGGAAUGCUCACUUUGAGUUCGCCACCCGGACUCCUACCGUGUUAUUCGAGCUGGUCCUUAGUUUACUUGGGCCCAUCUUCAUUGUACAGUCAUAACUUGGGUUUAUCAGAGUCCCAUCAUCCCGGGUUUGUAAACUCAACGAAUUAUUUGCUGCCUUGGGAUGUAACGGUGUAUUCGAAGGGGCGUACGUCUUGGCCGCAAUUAAGCAAACAUUCCUCGAGGGGGCGGCGGCCUCGUGCUAGUAAUUCCAUGCCACAGUUUACUGUGAAAGUUUUUAUUGGCGUGGAAUAUGAAUGUCCAAGAGGACAUAGGUUUAUGUUAGCUGCACCUGAUAAAGUACUGAGGGCGGCUCCAGGGAGUAUUGUUAAAGAUACAGGUCACAAGAUUGCAGAGUCGGACAUGCCUCUGUACUUCCCUUGUCCUUGCCGUCAGAGCAAACCAUUAACAGCACAAUUGAUGCGUUUACAUGUUGUGACACCAAAAUCUCUCGUACACUGCACACUUAACCCCAAGGUACAACCUGCACAGGGUGCCCCAAUUUUUGUUCCGUCUGUUGAAGGACCUACAGUUCUUUCUCAAUCGGCCUACUGGGUAAUGCGUUUACCGUACGCUUAUGUUUCCGAUAAAGAGAGUUAUCCUGAAAAUAUAUCAGCACGUCUGCUUUCAGGGGUGUUUGGAGUGUCAGAAGUAGAAUAAGUGUAAUCUUGUUAAUAAAUGUUUUGUUAUAGA